AUGCAAAUCAUGUUACCGGUGCAUGGCCUGUCAAGAGACUCACCAUACUGUCAAGGGACUCACCAUACGUUACUGCACGAUGCCUACCUUCGCAACACGACGUCAUCCAUCGGCGCUUCGGGAUGCCCUGCAGGACCCUCGACAUCUGCGUCCACAUACGCCGUGCGAUCGCAUAGCAAGGUGUUGCUCGCGACCGGUCAAGUGCGUAUGACCUCACCAAGUGGCCUCAGUGUUUCGACUCGUGCGCUGCUCGAUCCUGGUUCGGAAACGUCGUUCGUGAGUGAACAUCUUGCUCAAACACUGCGACUGAAAAGGAAGACCGUGCAUGUUACUCUGAGGGGAUUGGACGAACAGCCUCUGGGGGAGAUUCAUCACGAAGUGCAAGUGUGGCUUACCUCCGACAAGGAUCCGGCAUUCCAAAUUCGGAUGGAAGCUCUCGUCACCAGGAAAGUGACCUCCCACACACCGUCGCUGCCCCUGGACUCCGCAUGUUGGGACUACCUCGAGGGAUUCCCAUUGGCUGACGAGAACUUCAGGGUACCAUCUCGAGUCGAUGCUCUCCUGGGCGCUGACGUGUGCGGAUUCCUGUUUCUGGAGAAUCGCGUGGGUCCACCAGGUGUUCCUCCGCUAGUGCGGACUCCUUUUGGCUGGGCUCCGCUGGGACCAGUCCAAGCCUCGUCUACAACGACCAGAUCAGAUCAAUCGAGGAUCCUGCACGUCCGUCGAGAUGACGAUCUACAUACCUCGCUGCAGCGCUUCUGGGAGAUCGAAAACGUUCCGACGACAGCGCCCUUGCACCCCUCCGAGAUCCAGUGCGAGGAACAUUUUUCGAACACUCACUCGAGGGACGGUACGGGACGUUAUGUGGUACGUUUGCCAUUCUUCUCUCAACCGAUCGAAGAUGUAGGGGUGACACGAGUAACAGCCACCCGGAUGCUGCUAGCAUCGGAACGGCGCCGAGAACGUGACCCGCGUCUCCGGGAGAGGUACGCUGCAUUCCUCGACGAGUACCUAAAAUUGGGCCACAUGGAACCGGUCACCGACCCAUCCAGGAUAUCGCCACGCUGCAGUUAUUUACCUCACCACGGCGUAUGGAAAGGAGAUGGCGACGAUGCGAAGAUUCGCGUCGUUUUCAAUGCAUCGUGUGUUUCCACGGGUAGGUCAUCGCUUAAUUCGGUUUUGUUGCCAGGUCCCAAACUGCAGAGUGAGUUAUGGAUGGUCCUCACACGCUGGAGACUUUUCCGAUGUGCUUUUUCUGCGGAUAUUGUUAAAAUGUUCCGUCAGAUACGAGUACACCCCGAAGAUCGUGAUUGGCAACGCAUUGUAUGGAGACCAUCACCCACCGAGGAAGUGCGGGACUUCCGUCUUACAACGGUCACGUACGGAACCACCCCCGCACCCUUUCUGGCUCUUCGGGUUCUCCAGCAGCUCGCCGAUGAUGAGGGCGAACGUUUCCCACGAGGAGCGGAAGCGUUGCGACAUCACUCAUACGUCGACGAUAUCCUGGCUGGAGCGGAUAACGUCCAAGAAGCAGAGGAAGUCCGACACCAGCUGGUGGAGCUUCUCACGGCGGGCGGUUUCCCCCUGGAUAAGUGGGCGGUCAAUUUCGACACUGCGAUGUUUGGCAAUCUCUCUACAGAGAAAUUGUUGCAGGUCAAUGACACUGUAGGGGCUUUAGGACUUCGAUGGGAUCCCAAGGCCGACUUACUCACGUUGCGAAGCUACCGACCAGUUGAGGAAACCUCUAAGACAUCGUGGACUAAGCGCGAGGUCGUCUCCGAAACGGCCCGUCUAUUCGAUCCCAUGGGAUGGUUCGCUCCAGUUUUGAUUCGGGCCAAGGUGCUGAUCCAGGAUCUCUGGCUUGCUGCUCUGGACUGGGACGAACCGUUAACGAAGACCAUCGACACGAACUGGGCUAACUUUCGACGUGAUCUGGAGCGUUUGGAGGUCUUGAAAAUCCCUCGCUGGACGGGCUGA